AUGACAACUAACACUAGGAAACAAGAGAACAAGUUUGUUAAGAAUCAAAAUAAAAUUCCACAAUCUGAUUCAAACAAAUCGAAAGCUAACAAAGUUAAGGUUAUCAGUGAUGAUCAAUUUGACGACGAAUGGUAUAUCGAUAGUGGUUGCUCGCAUCACAUGACAGGGAGAUGGGAAGAGCUGAGGGAGUUUCGGGCUCUAAAAGAUGGUGGUUGUGUCAAGUAUGGAAACAACUCAUAUGGCAAAAUAAAAGGCUAUGGAAUGAUAACGAACGAAGAUUUUUCCAUUCGAAAGGUGGCCUACAUGGAAGGAUUGCAACACAAUCUCAUAAGUGUCUCGCAAUUGGUUGUAGGGACUGGCCUGAAGGUCUCAUUUGAUGAUGAAGGAUCCGAGAUCAUUGAAAAGAAAACUAAGACGGUUCUAUUGAAGUCCCAACACAACGGCGAAAUGUAUCCAUUAAAUCUAAACCCGAUACGCGGGAAGCCUGUUGUAUGUCUUCUAACGAAAGCUCAUUCUGAUGAAAGCUGGCUAUGGCAUCGAAGACUCUCGCACCUUAACUUCAAAGACAUCAACAAGCUGGUUCUUGGUGAUCAUGUGCGAGGACUGCCACUUCUAAAGUUUGACAAGGAACAUUUGUGUGCUGCAUGCGAAAUGGGAAAGCAAAGCCGGAAGAUUCAUCCCACACGUGUUAACACAAAGAUCAUCGAACCUCUUGAGCUUCUACACAUCGAUCUAUGUGGUCCAUCGGCCAUAGAAAGUAUUGGUGGUAAUAAGUACAUUCUUGUCAUUGUCGAUGAUUUUUCACGUUUCACUUGGGUUUUCUUUCUUAAACAGAAAUCAGAGGCAACUCCACAGCUCAAAAACUUUAUAAAACAGGUGGAAGUAAAGCUGAGAAAGGUAGUGAGAAAUGUCCGAAGUGACAAUGGGUUAGAAUUCAAAAACAACGACUUUGAAGAAUUUCUGACCGAAAAGGGAGUAACUCACAACUUCUCUGCACCCUAUACUCCACAACAAAAUGGUGUAGUUGAAAGGCGAAACCGUUCGUUGUGUGAAGCCGCCCGAACCAUGCUCAGCUUCGCUUCUCUACCUCUGUACUUCUGGGCUGAUGCGAUUUCUGCUGCUUGCUAUACCCAGAACCGAACCUUCCUCAAUAAGCGAUUUUCUAUCACACCGUAUGAAAUUUUGAAUAAUCGCAAGCCUAAUGUUAAAUUCUUCCAUGUCUUCGGUUCCAGGUGCUUCAUCUUUAACUCUAAAGAGAACCGAAACAAGUUUGAUGUGAAGGCAGACGAAGGGAUUUUUCUUGGCUACUCUCUAACCUCCAAGGCAUAUAGGGUUCUGAAUAAAGGAUCAAAGAAGAUAGAAGAAACCUAUUAUGUCACUUUUGAUGACAAUUACGUGAAGAAACUUCAAUCCAACGAAAGUCCAAUGGAGGAGAUCUUUUCACAAACAGGUCAAGUCACGGCUCCUAUAUCAAAUCUGUUUGAAGAGUACAUGUUGCUCUUUGAUGAACCGGAGAAUGCAAUUCUUUCUGAAGCGAAAGCAGCUGAUAACAAGGUUGACAACCUGAAGGAGAUAAUCAACGAAGCUGCAAAAGCCAUGGAAAGCGAACCUCAAGAUCUAAGCGAAACCAAAGGUCCCAGCGAACCCAAAGGUCCAAGCGAAUCCAAAGGUCCAAGCGAAUCCAAAGGUCCAAGCGAAACCAAAGGUCCAAGCGAACCCACAAAUAACCGCACGAAUUUCCAGGGGGAGGAUUCGUCUACAUCAAAGCGACCUGAUUCGCCUUUCCAGGGGGAGAACCCAUCUCCAACUAUGAACCAUGAAAGUCAAAUCGAGGGGGAGAAUUUUGAACCUGAUGUUGAAGUUGUUUCAUCAUUCGAGGGGGAGAUUGUCAAUACGAAUGAUGACGCUCAGUCAGAAUUUGAAGAAGAAGUCAAUGCCAAAUUGGAUCCUGCUUAUGAUCCUAACUACCCUCCUCUCACAAAAUGGACAAAAGAUCAUCCGAAAACUCAAGUAAUUGGUGAAUCAUCUGAGGGAGUUCUUACACGCUCUCAACUGAAAGCGAAGCAAACAGCUCUAUUCUCUCAAGUGGAAUUCUGCAUGUUUAAUUCGUUUGUCUCCAAGAUUGAGCCGAAAACAGUUAACACUGCACUUGAUCACUCUGAUUGGGUACAGGCUAUGCAAGACGAACUCAAUGAGUUUGAGCGAAACCGAGUCUGGAGACUGAUUCCUACACCAAAGGAUGCAUCUGUGGUUGGAUUAAAAUGGGUAUUCCGGAACAAGUUGGACAAAGAAGGGAACGUGAUACGCAACAAGGCAAGGCUAGUGGUUAAGGGAUAUUGUCAGGAAGAAGGUAUAGAUUAUGAAGAAACCUUCGCUCCUGUAGCAAGGUUGGAAUCAGUUCGGAUCUUUCUGGCAUACGCUGCUCACAAGAAUUUCGAAGUUUUUCAAAUGGACGUCAAGUGUGCAUUCUUGAAUGGAGAACUAGAAGAGACUGUAUAUGUGGAGCAACCACCGGGUUUCGUGAAUGAGAAGUAUCCUGAUCAUUGCUAUAUUCUGGACAAAGCGGUUUAUGGUCUAAAGCAAGCUCCUCGAGCCUGGUAUGAAACAUUAACUCGUUUUCUAAAAUUGUCAAAAUUCAAACAAGGUUCGGUUGACCCAACCUUCUUUCGCAAGAAAGAGGGUAACCAUUUAAUGAUCGUCCAAAUCUAUGUCGAUGACAUCAUCUUCGGUUCUACGAAUCCUAGCUUAACGGCUGAAUUCCGGAAGUUGAUGGAGACUAAAUUUGAGAUGAGUUCAAUGGGUCCGAUUAACUUUUUCCUUGGACUGAACAUAAGACAGGGACCAGAAGGCAUAUUCAUUAAUCAGGAGGCUUACACGAAGACUCUACUGGCGAAGUUCGGUAUGAUGGGAGAUUCUAAAGUAAAGGUUCCAAUGGCAUUCGGAACGAAGCUAACACCAUCUCUGGAGAAACCAGCUGCUGAUAUGACCCUCUAUCGUCAAAUGAUAGGGUCUCUAAUGUAUCUAACAGCUAGUAGACCAGAUAUUAUGUUUUCUGUCUGUUAUUGUGCCAGGUUCCAAGCUAAUCCACGUGAACCUCAUAUGGUGGCUGUGAAAAAUAUCUUCAGAUAUUUGAAGCGAACCUCGUCUCUCGGUCUUUGGUACCCUGCGAAAUCAGGUUCUUUGUUCAAGCAUUCUCUGAUGCCGAUCUUGGAGGAUGUGGUCUGGACCGAAAGAGCACAACUGGCGGGUGUCAAUUCCUUGAUGGGAAACUCGUUAGCUGGCAAUCCAAGAAACAAACGUGUGUGUCUCUUUCUACGGCCGAAGCUGAAUACAUCGCCGCAGCGUCUUGCACUUCACAGGUCAUAUGGAUACAAAGUCAACUUAGAGAUUAUGGCCUAA